AUGGGUCCCGCGGCGCCUAGCACUUUACCAAGAGGGGGCACAGUACUUCGUGCUUUCUCACCGGCAGCACCGCCAGUUCCAGCUGAUCGUGGGAAGACCAUUCCUCCAGCAGGUCCUCCGGUCAAGCCAGUUCGCUCCUACGUUCCAGGCACUGGCUCUGAGAGGUGUUUUCCAUUCUCCGCCAGUGAUUGCCCCCGGGGUACAGAUCAACUUUACACAAUCCCUGCACACUCAAGCGAGGGUUACAUGUCAUCCCCUGAACGCAGUUCCGCUAGAAUACCUUACGAAGAUCCAUACUAUACGCAGUUCUUGGGUCCAGCGGGCUCAAGACCUGGAAUCAAUCCUGUUAUCGACGAAGAGUCAAGUGAUGGUGUUAUUAUUGAUGACUCGUACCAAAUGUAUGGCGUUAAUGCUAUCACAACCGCGCCACGUCCAAUGCCGAGGCCCCCUUACGACGCCAGGUUGGGUCCACCAGUUGAUGAUAUGCAACGUCUAAGAGUAGAAAAAAUGGAACGACAACUCGCAAAUCUUACUGGACUAGUCCAAAAAGCUCUUCAGGUACCUGGAAGCACACCACCACCCGCGGUGGCUCCUAGGCAAGAAUUUCAUCCGCCACGUGCUAAUCAAGAUGCCGGACAUUUUGCCAGCACCGAGAGACCUCCCAAAUUGGGGAGGGACAGAUUUCAGAAAUCUGUGUCGUUCGAGAAAUCGGUAUCAUUCAGCGAUGAUCCUCCAGACAUGAAUUCACCGAAACAGCAUUCUCCUCAGCACGCAGCUGAUACAAAACCAACAAAACCGGCAAUCAAGUCAUCCACAUUGCCGAGGACAUCAUCACAAGAACGCGAUCGACAUAAGCCAGCACCACCACCCAAACCAGCUGGGCUUGUUAGUCAGCCGUUGGCAUUAGUUCCUCAAAAGACCUAUACGGUCACCGUAACACCGGACUUCUUUAGCGAGCUCCAUCAUCUACAAAAACAGAGCCGAGAUCUCAGAAUAGAGACUCGUAACCUACGACGUACCACAUUAUCUCACGCGAUGCAGAUGAGACAAAUGAUGGCUGAUACUAUAGUGAAAAUUGGUACACUCGCUGCAAGGUUUUGUGAGGAAGACCCGGAAUCUCAAUUAACGCGAGAGGAAGAAAUUUACCGUCAAGACAUGCUUUUGUUAGAAAAUGAUUUAUAUGAAUUAGAAGCAACCGUAGAGCGGCUUCGCGGACAAGCUGCUAAUAGAUUGGAAACUCGAGUCAACAUGGCGGACAUUGAACGCAUUGCAAUGGUUCUAUCGAAGAGUAGCAAAACUGUCGCUGACUGGAAGUUGAAGUUUCCCGUUCUUCAGGAAACAAUGAAGGUGAAACUCGCAGCUGAAAUGGAAAAGGUGGUGCGUAAAGAGAAGAUGCUAGAAGAAGAACCAGAGCGAUUAGAGUUGGCAUUGCGUCGGUGUAAGAAACUAACUGGGACUCUAGUUACUUUAAAAAGAUUGGCAUGUGUACAAGAACAACGUCUACCAAUGAGCGAUGGACGUGUUUCACCAACUUCCUCUCAAAGUUCUACCACCGCUGGACCAUCUUCUGAGGAAUAUCACUCUGAAUCAACUUGCCACGUCUCACAGGCUAACAAGGCAGCCGGCGGCGGGCGAGUGUGUACGUCCCGGGGAACAACGGACGUGCGGCCAGAGAACGCCCUCGAUGCGCUACUAGACGAGCUGCAGACGUUUGCCAAACCCGUAGAGCGGAGCGGCAGAGGCGACGGGCCUCUGAGAAGGCUGCAUUCGUAUCCCAGCGGAAGCGACACGGACGCCUCACCGCCUGUUCGUGCCCGCGGGCAGCAUCCUCCCAAGCCACCAGUUCCCGAGAGACAUCCAGAGUUGCUCGCAAUGGCUGCGCGCCGAGCCCCGCCGCCCCCACCGCCCCGCACCACAUCCCGCUCGCCCCUCGCUUCGCCCACUUCGCCCCCCUCGCCACCCUGCACUGACAUAACCGAACAAAACGACACAAACGCCCAAGCGCGUCAGUCUCUUCUCGAACAACGGCACCAAGAACUACUCAAAAAACAAAAGGCUCUCCAAGAACAAUACGCCCGCUUGCAAAUGAUACAACGUAGCGGACCCACGUUGCCUAUUACUGCCCAUCCAGACUUAAAGAAGACAGGCAGUGAAUCCAAUUUACUCACCAAAAUGAACUUCAAUCUGGCCCCGGCUAGCAUAUCGGGCAGCAUGACACACUUAGCUGGCGAUAGUGAGAGGAAAAGAAGCAAUAGUACCGAGACGGCUCCCUCACAGGAUAAAUGCGACUCGAUUGCCACCACAAACAAAGUAUAUGAGACUGACAUUCUGUGA